AUGAAUCUACCAUCAAUAUGGCAAAUUUUAUGUAUAGUUUUCAUUUAUCGAUUGAAUAUUGCAUUAACCCUAACAAGUUCUUCAUAUGGAACUAAUUUUACGAAUUGGUCUGAAGAUGAUUGGCUUGAAACACGAUUUUUAAUAAGUACAAAAUUUUUAUUUAAUCAACAACGUUAUGAACAUAUUAUUCUUCGUACUCGAAUGAGUGAAUGGUCUUUAGAAUUAUCGUAUGGUAAUAAAAGUCACCUAAAUAGAUUAUGGACUGAAUUACAUUUAUUUCUUGAUCAUCGCCGUCAUAGUACUAGUCUCAAUAAUUCAAUAUCCGGUCAUGUUAGACAUAUAUGUCGUCCACCAAUUAUUUCACCAAUAACAAAUGAUUCAAAUACACGUAUACCUGAAUUAUCUGAAAUCGAUGAACGCAUUGGACAAUAUUUUAUCAAUGAUGGUUUUUUUCGAACAAUAAAUUAUAUACAUUGUAAAUUUGAUGAACGACGUAGAAAUCCAUCACUACAUAUUCAAAUUGAUAUUUAUUUAGUUACAAAUCGUGAAUUUCAAAGUUUGCUUUAUAUUGAAAUGUCUAAUAUAACUCGAAGCUUACUUUUGGAUCAUCAAGCAAGAUUUUAUUUACAUAAUUAUCAACAAAAUUUUAAAUAUAAUUUUAAUAUAUCAAAUAUUGAUUAUCCAUCUGAUUCAAAUGCAUCAUCUAUGUAUAUGAUUAAACUAUAUAAGCAGAUUAAUCAAAUACCUAGUAACACGAUAAUAAUAUCUCCGAGUAUAAUAAUUAUUCUAUGUAGUUGUUUAUUUUUUUCAAUAUUUUUCUAA